AUGAUGUAUCAACAGCAAGGUAGCAUGCAAUUUCCAUCCAACUGGAAAACAAUUGAAGAUGAGAGGGCUUCUAAAAAUGGAACACGUGGCCCCUUGAAAGGCAAGGAGGAUGGUUUGCUUGGUGCACCAAGAGCUGGAACUAAUUUGGGUUUGACAAAAGAUCCAAUUCCUAAUGUAGUGUCUAAUUUAGUGCCACCAGUUGAUCAGAAGAUAAGUGAGGCUGCCCAAUUCGGAGUACCUAUUUUGUCAGAGAAUCAAUUAGGUCAAUGGCUGGAGGGCAUUUUGAUUGGGCCAUUUAAUGCGAAGAAGCCAGAGUCUUUUAAGACAAUACCUUCUCUGAUCCGGAUUGAAACCCAAUCAAAAUUGGGAAAGACUUGGCUAAAAGGGCAAGAUGAAGCUAGUGUUUCUGUUCUCUUCGAAGGCAGUGAAGAGGGAGGUCAAUAUGGAGACAAGGAAGGGUUCGAGUCCAUCGAUGAAGCCAAGGCAGACAAAUGUAAUGAAUCUCGUGGCAUUAUAGACAAUCAAAGAGAUGAAAUCGAACGAGGAAAGCAAGCCAAUAUGGGUCGAGAAGAAGAAGUGGGUUUCUUCGAAGAUAGUGGUAUGGGAAACGACUCCGAUGAGAGUGACGGGGAGGAUGAUAGUUCGCGGGAAGAUAUUGCUGAGUAUGAUGACGACUCUGAUACCAACUUCAAGUUGUGGAGACUAAUUUUGAAAUUGGGGAGUUUUUUUUUGCAUGAAAUGGUCAUGAGACUGAAGAGAAGAAGGAAUGGUACAUAG